AUGUCGGACUCGGAAGAGCACCAUUUUGAGUCUAAGGGCGACGCAGGAGCGUCAAAGACCUACCCCCAGCAAGCUGGUACCAUUCGUAAGAAUGGCUAUAUCGUCAUCAAGAACAGGCCUUGCAAGGUUGUAGAAGUUUCCACUUCAAAGACAGGCAAGCAUGGACAUGCAAAGUGCCACUUUGUGGGAAUUGACAUAUUUAAUGGGAAGAAGCUUGAGGAUAUUGUUCCUUCAUCCCACAACUGUGAUGUUCCUCAUGUUUCUCGCACUGAUUAUCAGUUGAUUGAUAUCUCUGAAGACGGUUUUGUGAGUCUUUUAAUGGAUAAUGGAGACACCAAGGAUGAUCUGAGGCUUCCUACUGACGACAAUCUGCUCGGCCAGAUAAAAGAUGGGUUUGGUGAAGGAAAGGACCUGGUGCUGAGCGUUAUGUCUGCAAUGGGGGAGGAGCAGAUCUGUGCCCUUAAGGACAUUGGCCCAAAAAGCUAA